AGUGUACUGGAUGGGAAAAAAAGAUUGAAGAAACAUCAGAAAAUAGUGAUCACUCAGAAGGUAUAAGACAUCCAUGGCUCCUGGUUCCUCAAAUGAGAAGAAAACUGAUGAUGGACAGGCUUCAAAAGAGAAUUUUAUUCAUCUCUGCAACCCUCACCUGGAGAAAAUGAAAGAAGACAUCCUGUACCAUUUUGCUCUUGGGACCGGUACCCAUGAUUUUCCAACAUUGUUUGGCGAUGUAAAGUUUGUGUGUGUUGGAGGAAGCCCUUCCAGGAUGAAAGCUUUCAUUGCCUACAUAGCAGAGGAGCUGGGGCUCGGGAGCCCCGGGUGUGACUACCCCAACAUCUGUGCGGGCACCGACCGCUACGCCAUGUACAAAGUGGGGCCCGUGCUGUCCGUCAGCCACGGCAUGGGCAUUCCUUCUAUUUCAAUCAUGUUGCACGAGCUGAUCAAACUGUUGUAUCAUGCCAAGUGUUCCGACAUAACCAUCAUUCGCAUCGGCACCUCUGGUGGAAUAGGUCUGGAGCCAGGCUCAGUGGUUAUAACUAGGCAGUCUGUAGAUGCCACCUUCAAGCCUCAGCUGGAACAGGUUGUUCUGGGAAAGACAGUAGUUCGCAGCACCAACCUGGAUGAACAGCUGGCUCAGGAGCUGAUGCAGUGCAGUAAAGAAAUUGGUCAGUUCAAUACAGUCAUUGGAAACACCAUGUGCACUUUGGAUUUUUAUGAAGGACAGGGCAGGUUGGAUGGUGCAAUCUGCUUAUAUGAUGAAGAAGAAAAGCUGCAAUAUUUGAAGAAUGCUUAUGAGUCUGGUGUGAGAAACAUUGAGAUGGAGUCUUCUGUAUUUGCUGCAAUGUGUAAUCUCAGUGGUGUCAAAGCUGCUGUAGUGUGUGUCACUCUUCUGAACCGACUCGAGGGGGAUCAAAUCAGCAGCCCACACGAUGUCCUGGUGGAGUACCAGCAGAGGCCGCAGAAGUUAGUGGGAUAUUUCAUUAAGAAAAGUCUUGGGAAAGUAUGAAAUAUCCAUCUCAUGUUUUAGAGAAGGAGAAGGCCCUUGUACAGUUCUGGUCACAGUUAUGACUUCUGUGCAUUGCAGGUCUUUUGCCUCAGAGUAACUCACAGCAUUCCGUGUGUCAGUGGAAGUUAAUCAUUUAUGUCACUGCUCUUUGGGAACUGAAUGUGCUGAAGGACUUCACUUAAGGUUUGCUUAGUUAUGCAUUGCUGGAUAGAAAACUCACUUUUCUGAGAAUUGGAAAGGAGAUCUGUUGUGAAGGACAAGGCUGUGAUAAUACAUAACAAAACUAUUUAACUCUGCUGUAAAGGAAAAACUAGAGAGAAAAUCAAACUUUAUGGCCAAGUACAUGCAUACCAGCAAAUGAACUUAAAAAUUUGAAUAAUUUUCUUGUUCUUAUAAAAACUUAUAUAAGUUAUAGUUGUCUUUGUUGCUUCACUUGUAAAUAAAACUUAAA